CGAAUGGUGUGUCAUACUAGUGAAGGUAGUCAGGAAGGAAUGGCGUACUUCACUCGACCUGACAAACCCACACCUAAGGCAGAGCAUAGAAACCAGAUGAAUGCAAAUACUCGAAAUUGCAGCAAGUUGAGAUGUUCUUUUUGCAAGAAAACAGGUCAUAUUCGUGAGAAGUGUUGGGAACUUGUCGGCAAACCCAUCAAGGAGAAGACAGCCUCUUCCAAUCCGGCAAAUCGUGCACACUUUGUUACCAAGGAUGAUUUAGAAAAAUUUUCCCAACAAUUCUCAAAAACCAAUCUCGUUUCAAAUCAACCAGUUGGAUCAUCUACUGAAGGAUGUGAUUUUUCAGGACUUGCAAACGAGGAAAGUGAUUGGUAGGGGUCGAGAGCAAGGUGGUCUAUAUGUGAUGGAAAACUAUGGAGUAAGUUUUUUUACUCAUACAAGUACAAAGAAUAAAGAGUACCUCACCUGGCACGCUAGACUUGGUCAUAUUGCUAAUCAAAGCUUGAAGACGUUGGUUCCUCAUCUCACCCUAGAAGAACAUUCUUGUGAGGCAUGCGAGUUCUCUAAGUCUACCAGGCUGCCGUUUCAUUCUUCCACUGAAAGGUCCACAGAAAUAUUCGAGUUAGUUCACUCAAACGUAUGGGGACCUGCUCCUAUGGAAUCAUAUAAUGGCUACAGGUACUAUGUGUCAUUCAUUGAUGAUAAAACUCGUAUGACAUGGAU